UGGUUUCAGUAGAGUAGCAGUGCGGUGUUGCUGCCAGUAGUGCUGCCGUCGGGCAUUCCUUCGAACUUCCGUGGGAAAAGCUCUCAGGUUCGGAAGCUGGAAAGGCUAAUGGCGAAUCAGGAGCGUCCGCUUGCUUCGCCAGACCUUUGGAUAUCGUGACUUCAGUUUGAUCGUAAAAGUUGGACAAGCGUCCAUUGCUGAUGAGUUCGAAGCUUGAUUAGCUGGUGACCUACAAGUGGUAAAUCGAUUUCCAUCCCGCACUCCGAUAAGAAGGAUCGCAAAAGUCCCGGCGGUGAUACAUGCAGGCACAACAUAGUGGCCAACGGUACCUUGCUGCUAUCGUAAAAGUGUAUUAAAACGGGGUUGCGGGACAAAUUGGGCGACAUCAUUUCAAACAUAUUGUUUGCCACAACGGAAGGCGCCAGUCAAGAGAGCGAAUUUAUAGUGAAGUGCAUAUCGGUAAGCGUGUGGAUAAGGAUAAGCUACAGCCGGCCAGCCAACAUGACCAACUCGAAUGUGCAAUGUGCUCGGUGCGCCCCGGUGACGAUCGGGCGAGCGUUUUAACGGGUUUCGCCUUAUCGUUCCUAUUCAUCGAAGUAAUUGAUCAUUUGGUCGCAUCAAUCGACGGCGGCGACACCGGACACCUCCGGACCGGUAGAUAACUAGAUAGAAAGACCGCCCGCAUCAUGAAGACCCCCAUCGUAAGCUGGUUCAGCCAGUCCGGUGGCGUAAAUCCCACCCAGAUAGCCAUCUACGGUUCGGUAUCGUUCCUGGUCGUAUCCCUGCUAGGGUUGCUGAUCUACAUUACCUGCUCGAGGCGGUACCGGCUCAACUGGUACGAAAAGAAUCUGCUCGAAUCGGCCAAGGAGCGUGAAGCUGCCCAGCGAAGCAGUCACGAGGGACACAUAACCUGCCCAAUUGCGUACAACGUGGAUGCCGUUGCCGGGACGUCACGCUAUCUAAAUCGGGCCAAUGGUAGCCCGCAGACGAGGGCCGACCAUCCACCGUUCUGGGCGUCGCAGGGUCUUUACCGGAAGAGUGACAGCCGGGGGCAGUUGAUUGACACAUCGGAUGAAGAAACUACCGGCGAGGACAGCGGUGAUUCAGCCUGCAGCAGUAGUAGGUCAGUUAUAGCGGCACCCAGCGGUGCGGUGGCCAUCGCCAGCACGGGCAAACAUGUGGUGCUCGUUACGUCAAGCCCGGCCAAACCUACCACAUCAAUGGUGUCUACGGCAACAACUGCUGGCGGCCUGGGGACACCAGGGACAGCCAAGGUUGACAACCAGGGCAAGAUCGAUAUGCUAGACUCGGUCAGCACGUGCAGCACGGUGAGCCGGGACGAGCUCGGCGGUGAGGACGCCCGCGGUGCGAUACAUCUGACACUGAGCUACGAUCCUGCGGCGGGCAUCUUGAACGUGAAGCUUGUCGAGGCACAGGACCUGCAGCCCCAGGACUUUAGUGGGACGGCGGAUCCGUAUGCGAAGAUAAGGCUGCUGCCCGACCGGAACAACAUGUGGCAGACGAGGAUUCACAAGAAAACGCUCAACCCGGUGUUUGACGAGGACUUUGUGUUUGAGGUCCGGUCGGCUACGAUCGGUCGGCGAACGCUCGAGAUACUUCUGUUCGACUUUGACGCGUACUCACGCCACGUGUGCAUCGGUGGGGUACAGUUCCCGCUCGCCCAGGUUUGCCUCGCCGAACGGAUAGACAUCUGGCGCCCGCUGCUACCGUACACCGAGCAGGACAACAAGCAGGAUCUGGGCGAUCUAAUGGUUUCGCUGUCAUAUCUGCCCGCAGCCGAAAAGCUGACGGUCGUCAUCAUCAAGGCACGCAAUCUGCGCGUCAUCGACGGUACGCGAAAUUCGUCUGACCCGUACGUGAAGGUGUGCCUGUACAAUGCGGACGGUCGGCGGAUCAAGAAGCGCAAAACGACGGUGGCACGCAAUACGACCGCACCCGUCUACAACGAGGCCCUGACCUUCGACAUAAGUCGUGAAAUGUUGCGCGACUGCUCGAUCGAGUUUCAGGUGCUGCAUGACAGCCUGCUGGGGAGGAAUGAAACGUUGGGCCGGGCGACGGUCGGCAGUGGGCCCGAGUUCCGGCAGGAAAACCGGAAGUUCUUCGACGAGCUGUUCCGUACGCGUGCGGCCACUGCCCAGUGGAUAUCGUUGUGCGAGCUGAAGCUAAAGUCGGACGUGGUGGCGAAGAAAAAGUGAACGAGCUCAAGCGGGAUUCUAGGGGAAGCACAUGACACACACAUUUUAGCUAAGCUAAACUUACUGCACCGAUUUUCGGAAGUCAUCCAGUUACGUUUAAUGAUAAAAUCAUGAAAUUGUUUAUUUGUUUGAGCAAGCAACAAAGUAAUUUAUGGAACUGUUUUAUCAAGAAUUGAUCUCCGAAGUCUCCGAAGUCUACAAAAAGCUCUGUUCAUAUUUCUUUCUGGUGUCCAGCGUUGGGUUUUCCUGUAACGAAAAGUCUGCAGUUUAAACGAUCCUUUAAAGGUUUUUGAAGUUGGAAGUACAACAGAGAGAGAGAGAUAGAGAGAGAGAGAGCGAGAACUUCAUUUACUGAUAUAAUUUAUUCACGAUUCCCCGCACCAUGUUUCACGCCUUCCUGGAAGCACUUAUUCACAGGGGCGUCAUAAAUCACGUUUGUUCCUAUGGCGCACCCCCAACCCAAAAUGCACCUCUCCAUUUUACAAACGCACACACACACGUUAAAUAUUUACAACAAAAUAUACAUGUAUCCGUAUACAAAUAUCAGACAGAAGCUGGGUGGGAAAGUGGGAAAGCGAACGUAAAAUGAAAUAUGGCCGGGACAGCAGAAAGAAAGGCAACAAAAUAAAAUAUAUCAAUAAGUACAGAGUAAACGUUUCAAAGUACCACCAAUGUUUUUUUUUUUUGUCGGAAACGGAGGACUAUCAAACAAUCAAGUGCGAAUCAAAAACAAAACGGGAUACCUACACUAAAGCGUCGGAAGUCGGAAUUGUAUGGCAGGAACCAUAUAUAGAAGGAGAGAAUAUAAUGAAACAUAUUUAUACAACAACCAAAAACAGAGAUAGGGAGAGAUGUAUUUAGUAGAUGUGAAACAACCAAAAAAUUAACAAAUAAAACUAUUGUGUAUCUAA